CUGAACCAACAGCUAAAUAAAUACAAACUCGACACCGAGAGUUGAGGUUGUCUUCCAAAAAAAAAAAAAAAAGAGAAACUUUUCCCACGUCUGUAUUUCAAUAAAGUAUCAAAUUUAUGGUAGACACUUAGAUCGCCCCCAUUUAUAGUUCUUUCAAGCUUUUAAUGGUGAAAUAAACCAAGAUCUGAAGGAGACUGGCUGGUUGAAUUUUAUUACCCGCUAAUCUGCUCUCAACUCAACAGUCAACUCUUCCUCUCAGAACGCUAAUCAAAGGUUCUUCAUGCUCCAAAAAGUCUUGGUUUGGUAUUUCACCAAAGCAUCAUGAAUUACCUAGUUGGAGCUUUCAAGCUGCCGUGUAAUAUUUUCAUUUCAUUUGCAGAUGGAAGAAUCCGUAAGCAGGUUCCACUAAAGAAGGAAAAUGGGAAAACAGUUAUGGUUGCUCUCUUCCAGAGCCAAGAAAGUAUUGUAGGAGAGGUUGUUAUAGAACCAGUACAUAGGAAGAAGGUCGAACAUAAUGGAGUAAAAAUUGUGCUCCUUGGUCAGAUAGAAUUAUAUUUUGAUAGAGGCAACUUCUAUGAUUUUACCUCCCUUGUGCGCGAACUAGAUAUUCCUGGUGAAUUGUACGAAAGAAAAACAUAUCCAUUUGAAUUUUCUACGGUGGAGAUGCUAUAUGAGUCUUAUAAUGGAGUCAAUGUUAGGCUUAGGUAUAUACUGAAAGUGACAAUCAGUAGAGACUAUGUCAGCAACAUUGUGGAGUACCAAGAAUUUGUGGUUCGCAACUAUACUCCACCUCCAUCAAUCAAUAACAGUAUCAAGAUGGAAGUCGGGAUUGAGGAUUGUCUACAUAUUGAAUUUGAGUACAGUAAAAGCAAGUAUCAUUUGAAGGAUGUCAUUAUCGGCAAAAUUUAUUUUCUUCUUGUUAGAAUUAAGUUAAAAAAUAUGGAGCUUGAGAUCAGGCGUCGAGAGUCCACUGGAUCAGGCCCUAAUACACAUGUUGAGACAGAGACCUUUGCAAAAUUUGAGUUGAUGGAUGGUGCUUCUGUAAGAGGGUGGUUUAAAGACCUGUCAGCCAGCGGAUUACCUGUCUAGCCUUGUGAGCUUGGCCUGAAUUUGGUCGGGCCUAAACAAAGAUUCUUGUAAUCCUGGCUCUCUUGGAUUACUUUUCAUUUUAAUAAAAAAUGUUUUUAUUUAAAUUUAAUUUUUAAAAAUACAUAAAUAUUGAUAUAAAAAUAAUAUUUCAAAUAAUGAAAAGGUUUUCAGGCUCGGCCUGACUUAAGCAAACUAAAGUAAGAUUUUCUGGGGCCGGGCCUGGUCCGGCUCAUGGUGAUAGUGGUAAUUAUUGACUACUCGUCUAAUAAGUUGGUAGGCAAGACUGCUACUGCUGUUGCAAUAUUAUCAUUUUAGAUUAACGUUCAAGGUAUUGACAUUAACAAAUAUACUGAUGUCUGGUGCUGCAAAACUACCAUGAAAAUGUUAAAGACUGAAAUGAACAUUCUGAUGUGUAUUUGAAAUGAGAGAAAAGAAAAGGUUCUGCCUAAUUAUGAGUUCUAUCUGGAAUUGUUCUACUUAUGCACCUUGGCGUUCGAAAUAUUACUAUUAAUUUUGCUUUUCUUUAAUAUUUAUGAAAUAACAUAAUAUGCUGUACUUGGCUUGAUUGGAUGCUUAUUAUCUAUGUUGCUCUGACUCCUUAUUUUUCUUGAAAUAUUCGUGUAGAUCUUCCAACGAUUCUCUAAAUAUAUAAAAGUACUUAAACAAA